AUGGAGACGAUCGGCGGCGACGCCCACGUCCACCGAUACGGUUGGGCCGGGUUGUGGUCGGCGGUGGCCAGCCUCAUCUUCCUCUGGUCCAUGGUGCAGCAGUACGUCCCCGCUCAGCUCGAGGACUACCUAACCACCCUCGCCCGCCGUUUACACACGGCUAUGUCGCCCUAUGUCACCAUCUCCAUCGAUGAGCACAUCCCCGAUUCCUUCAGCCGCAGCGAGGCCUACGUUUCCACGGAGGCAUACCUCAGCGCCACCUGCGCCUCCAGCGCCCGCCGCCUCCGAGCAGACCACGCUCCCGGCAGCGAUCGCUUGCGCGUGGCCGUCGACGACCACGAGGAGGUGGUCGACCAGUUCCGCGGCGCCAAGCUCUGGUGGCGCAAGACCAAGAUGCUCCCCCGCAGCAACAUCAUCAGCUGGUCCGCCAGGGAAGAGGCUCGCCGCAUGUACUGCCUCACCUUCCACUACCGCCACCGCGGUCUCGUCGACGCUCUCUACCUACCGCACGUCCUCGCCGAGGGCCGAGCCGCCAUCGUGCGGAACCGCCAGCGCCGCCUCUUCACCAACAACCCCAGCAGCCUCUGGUCCGGCUACUAUGGCCGCACGUGGAGCCACGUCAAGCUCGAGUACCCCUCCACCUACGCCACGCUCGGCAUGGACCCCGGCAAGAAGCAGGCCAUAAUCGACGACCUCGACAUGUUCCGCGACGGAAAGGACUACUACGCCUCCGUCGGCAAGGCGUGGAAGCGCGGCUACCUGCUGUUCGGGCCACCCGGCACGGGCAAAUCCACCAUGAUCGCCGCCAUGGCCAACUAUCUCGAUUACGAUAUCUACGACCUCGAGCUGACGGCGGUGAAGAACAACACCGAGCUACGCAGGAUCUUCAUAGAGACGACAGGCAAGUCCAUCAUCGUGGUCGAGGACAUCGACUGCUCCAUCGAUCUCACCGGCAAACGCAAAACCAGGGAGAAGAAGGACAAGGGCAGCAAGAAAAAGAAGACGACCCUGCCGACGCCAGCAGGCGGCCGUGAGGAUGAAGAUAGCAAGGUGACGCUGUCGGGGCUGCUUAACUUCAUCGAUGGGCUUUGGUCCACCUGCGGCGGCGAGCGGAUCAUCGUGUUCACAACCAACCACAAGGAGAAGCUUGACCCGGCGCUCAUUCGACGGGGCAGGAUGGAUUCGCACAUCGAGAUGUCAUACGCUUGCUUCGAGUCCUUCAAAGUGCUCGCCAAGAACUACCUGCACAUCGCCGACCACGAGCUUUUCCAUGAAAUCCGGCAGCUUCUUGGGGAGGUCGACAUGUCACCUGCCGACGUGGCCGAGAACCUCAUGCCCAAGUCGAAAAACAGAGAUGUAGACGCCUGCCUACGUAAGCUGAUCAAGGCACUCAAACAAGCAAAGGAGGAAGCUUUGGCCAAAGCACUUGUUGGGACGGACGACAAAGAGGAAACACAAGGCGACGAUGACAGCAACUCCAGCGAAGAGGAGGGAAAUGAGAAAAAAUAA